UUCACUAUAUAACUUUUCGUUCGUCCCACAGUUCUUAAUGUUUAGCUUUAAACCCAUCAGGACACCACAGACCCAAGAAAUAAUGAAGAGCCAUGAAACACAAGAAGACCCUCUUCAACAAGAAAGUCGUCAUCUUCACCAAAUCUUGAUAUCGAAGAUAUUCAAAUCACAUAAAUUCUUUCAAAACCUUGUGUUGUGUUCGUUUCUUAUCGGUUUCGGAUUCGGACUCGGCUUCAUACUCAACUUCCACAUAAGAAAAGUCUCAUUCAGUCCCCAACUCUUUCGUCUAUCUUCUCUUGCCUCCUCCUCUUCUCUCUCUCCACCGCUUCAGCCGCCGCCAACACAGCCAGAAAAAUGCGUUUUUAGAAAUGAAACUGUUACGACUGAUGUCAAUGAUGAAGGGCAAAAGAGUCAUUCUCUGAUGGAGCCGCAGAACGUGAUGCAUAACAUGACGGAGGAGGAACUCUUGUCGCGAGCAUCGAUGAAUCAAGAAAAGCCGUUGAAGACGACAAAGAAAGUGGCGUUUAUGUUCUUGACGAGAGGGAAGCUUCCUUUGGCUAAACUGUGGGAGAGAUUUUUCCAAGGCCAUCAAGAUCUUUUCUCCAUUUACAUUCAUGCGAGUGACCCACUUUACGUUGACGAUGAUAUUCCCCAAACGUCGCCGUUUUAUCGCCGGAGGAUUCCAAGCAAGGGAGUGGAAUGGGGAAUGGUGAGCAUGGUGGAGGCUGAGCGGCGGCUACUGGCCAACGCUCUGCUCAACGCCGAGAACCACCGCUUCGUCCUCCUCUCGGAAUCCGACAUUCCUCUCUUCAACUUCUCCACCAUUUACUCUUACCUCAUAAACUCUCAACACUCUCACGUCGACAUUUACGACAUUCCCGGACCAGCAGGUCGCGGCCGCUACAACCGCCGUAUGUCUCCGGUCAUCAGCCGCCGCAACUGGCGAAAAGGCUCACAGUGGUUCGAAAUCGACCGUGAGGUAGCUUUGGCCGUCGUCUCCGAUACCACUUACUUCCCUUUGUUCCAGAAACAUUGCCGUUUUUGUUACGCCGAUGAGCAUUACUUGCCGACCUUUGUCCACGUCAUGUUUCCGGAGAAGAACGCGAACCGGUCGCUGACGUGGACGGAUUGGUCACGGAGAGGGCCCCAUCCGAAGAAGUAUACACGACGGUUGGUGACGGCGCAGUUUUUCAGGAAUCUGAGGAAUAGAAAAGAAGGGUGUGUGUAUAAUGGUGAGAAGAUUAACAAAUGUUACUUGUUCGCUAGGAAAUUCGAUGAUAGUUCUUUGGAUAGGUUGAUUCAUUUUGCUCAUCUUUAGCCCUAUACGUUACGAUUCGUGUUUUGGUAAGGUCCAUUUGUGUAUUCGAAAUUGUAAGGCCCAUCUGUAAUUACAAAACUCGUUCACAUC